GUUUGCCUUGAUGAGUUGGACCGCUGGAUGGAAGGUAAGAUCCAGGAGUUUUAUCGGCCCUCAAAGAAUGAUGUUAUUUGGAAUAGUCCGGAAGGGGAAGUAGAACAAGGAAAUACUUCUUGGCCCGAAUUUGUUCCUACGAGUGGGCCUGACAAGACCAGGAAGAUUGACUACAUCCGUUUUGGUGGUCACAUUCUAAUAGGGGUAAGGGGACCAAGAGCAGAUGCCGCAACACUAAGAAAGCAGUUGAUUGAGUUCUGUGAUCAGAAAUACAUGCUCAAGCUUGAUAAUGAGAGCCUUCCUAUUGAACACAUAACAAAAGGUAUUAUGUUUCUUGAUCAUGUAUUGUGCCGUAGAGUAGUCUAUCCCACACUCAGAUAUACUGCUACUGGUGGGAAAAUCAUUAGUGAAAAGGGUGUAGGGACACUGUUGUCUGUCACAGCUAGCCUGAAACAAUGCAUUAAACAAUUUAGAAAGUUGAACUUUCUCAAGGGAGACAGGGAUCCAGAUCCACAGCCGUGUUUUAGAAUGUUUCAUGCUACUCAAGCCCAUACAAAUGCUCAGAUGAAUAAGCUUUUGGCCACAAUGGUGGAGUGGUUCAGAUAUGCUGAUAAUAGAAAAAAGAUUGUUAAUUUUUGUUCUUAUAUCAUUAGAGGUUCACUUGCUAAGCUCUAUGCUGCAAAAUAUAAGCUUCGGUCACGGGCAAAGGUUUACAAGAUUGGUUCUAGGACUCUAAGUCGUCCUCUGAAGGAGAAAAAAGGACAGUCACCAGAAUACCAUAAUUUGCUGAGGAUGGGUCUGGUGGAAUCAAUUGAUGGUCUCAUGUAUACCCGUAUGUCCCUCGUACCUGAAACUGAUUAUACCCCUUUUCCAAUGGCUUGGAGGCCUGAUCAUGAGAAGGCACUGCUUGAAUAUAUAAAGCUGAGUGACCGAAAAACUCUGGAUGAGCAACAGAACUUUCUUAAAGAACAAGGUCUGAUUUCACCUCAGGAUUACAUUUCAAUGCUUGUUUGGAACUACAAAAGAAACGCUGUUCCAGUAGAACAGAAAAGUUUGUUAUUAGGCACAGGUGAGGAAAAAGAUAAUGAAAGAAAUGAAAGUGAUGAAGACGAUGAAGAAGGGGUUCAUGCAGCUGAAGUUUAAGCUAGAUUAGUACUUUUUGGAAGUCUUUUAGACAAUUUUUUGCCAAAGAUUUAUUGUACUCUACAAACUUGUGUUACCAAGCAAAGAAUACCAGCUUGUAUGUAAGUAUAUCUGAUUAUAUAAAUUGAGAUUGUUUUCCUGUUCUCCA